AUGGACAAUCAAAUAAAAGUUGUCAUUCGAUUUAAGUCCAUUUUAGCUUUCGAAGAAGAGUCUUCUCCUAAUUGGAUUAUUGAAGAAGAAGCAAUUACAUAUAAAAAUACAAAACAAGAUGAGAUCUUUGAAUUUGAUGUUAUUAUGCCUCCUGCUACAUUGCAAGAGGAAAUAUUCUAAUCUAUUAUGUUGCCUAAGAUCAGUUUUUUUCUCUAAGGGUACAAUAGUGCAGUCUUUGCUUAUGGGGCAACUUCGUCAGGCAAAACAUAUACAAUCUUAGGCCCAGAAAGUACAAUAGAGCAGAUUCUCAAUAAUAAGUUUACUAUAGAUCAUAGUUCUGGCAUACUCCCAAGAUCAAUACAUCAAAUAGGAUAUCAAUAAAUAAAACAAUAGGAAUCAUAGUAACAGGUGACUCUCAAAGCCACCUACGUUGAAAUAUAUAACGAGUAAAUUUUCGAUCUCUUAAACUAACAAUAUAAAACUAACAAUCAAAAACUAGAUCUCAAAAUUAGCACUAUAGCUGAUGGUCCCAAGUUGGUGGGAGUGAGGGAAGUUCAAGUUGAAUCUGUCAAUGAUCUUAUGGAAUUAAUUGCCUUCGGUAGUUAUAAUAGAGCUAUUGGAGCAACUCAAUUGAAUUCCAGAUCCAGCAGAUCUCAUGUUAUUUUCACACUUGAAUUGCUCGUUGAAUGGAAAGACAAAUCAUAGAGAACAUCUAAAAUUCAAUUUAUUGAUUUAGCUGGAAGUGAAAGACUUGCCAAAACUGUUGCCAAAGGUUAAUUGCUAGAAGAAACUAAAAAGAUAAAUUAAUCAUUGCAUUGUUUGGGACAUUGCAUAAUGGCAUUAUCAAGCAGAAAAACCAUUAAACAUGUUCCAUAUAGGGAUUCAAAGCUGACUUUGCUUCUUAAAGAAUGCUUAGGCGGUAAUUCUAAUACUUCUUUCAUUUGUGCUGUAAGUGCAGCAUUAGAGCAUGAAGAAAAAACCAUUUAAACCUUGAAGUUUGCUCAAAGAGCCAAAUUGAUUCUCAAUAAAGUCAAAAUCAACAUAAAACUUAGUUAUGAAUAGAUAGAAAAGUAAAUGACGAUGCUUAAAUAAGAAUUAUAAAUGAUGGAAAAGAUUCUUACAACAAAUGGAAUCAAGUAUGAUAAAUAGAUUUUUAAAGAAUAAAAUUUUUAACUCUAAUUAGAUUAAAAUAUGAAUUUAGAUGAAUUAAAAGGAGAUUAUAGAAAAUCAAAAAGAAGAUCUCUCUAACCAUCAAGCAGCAAAUCAGAUAUUAAAGAAUAAUUUAGUUAUAGAUUUUAAUAGUAUCUUGAUUCUUAAAAUUCAAACCCUAAACAAAAUUCAAGUCCCAAUUCUAAACGCAUAGUUUAAAGACAAUCAGGAGGCAAUUUAAGAUCAUCUUUACCAUGUUCUCUUGAUGGCUCGGAAGCUGAACUUGAUGAAAAUGGAGAACACGACUUAAAUGAAGCUUAAUUAAUAUCUGCAUUGAAAUCUAUUAAUGAAACACCAAGAGAAUUAUCAUAAUUCGUAAGUGGAAGAACUUCUUAAGUUAAAUUUCAUACAUAAGAAUCCUAGUAUUAUUCAACUACAACUAAUUAAACUACAAACACUGAAUAAUUAUAAGAUAGGCCAAAGAAAAGAGAAAGCUGUUGCUAAGUCUUUUGA